AUGAAUGGAAUUAACGAUUGGGCAAAUAUCUUAGAUUAUUCCUUUGACGAUGAGGGAAUAAUACAUGCAAGGGGAACUGUAACAAUCCUUUGGGAUAUUGAGCAAACUGAUCGCGUAACGAUGGAUAUCGAAUUAAAAAAGUAUGCACGCGGCACCUGGGACCAAACUUUCUUAUCCGUAAAAAUAAGCGAUUUUUGCAAAGAUAUGAGAGAUACCAACUCUAUGGUCUAUGAUUCAUGGUCGAAACACAUUACUCUGGAGGAGGGGGAGGAGAUUCCAUGUUUGGGGAAAGGUGUAGAAUAUCAUCAUGAACCAUUUGUAAUGAAGGCCGAAUUUAACGUGAAAGGUAUAAAUAUGGAAGGACGGCACAAAUUGGUUUUCAUUUUACACGCAUAUGACAAAAAUGAUCGACGUAAGCCAAACAGUAUUUGUUUAGAAGUUCCGGGGGAGAUACUUAAGGUGUAA